GAUGAAGAGGAAGCUGGAUUACUGGAGCUCUUGAAAUCACAAAUUUGUGAUAAUGCAGCUUUGUAUGCUCAAAAAUAUGAUGAAGAAUUCCAGCCCUACCUGCCACGUUUUGUAACAGCAAUCUGGAAUCUAUUGGUCACAACAGGCCAGGAGGUGAAAUAUGACUUGCUGGUUAGUAAUGCCAUCCAGUUUCUGGCCUCAGUUUGUGAGAGACCACAUUACAAGCAUCUGUUUGAAGACCAGAAUACAUUGACAAGCAUCUGUGAGAAAGUUAUUGUUCCCAAUAUGGAAUUUAGAGCGGCUGAUGAAGAAGCAUUUGAAGAUAAUUCUGAAGAAUAUAUAAGAAGGGAUUUGGAAGGAUCAGAUAUUGACACCAGGCGCAGAGCAGCUUGUGAUCUAGUCAGAGGUCUGUGCAAAUUUUUCGAAGGACCUGUGACAGGGAUUUUUUCUGGAUAUGUUAAUUCUAUGCUGCAAGAAUAUGCAAAGAAUCCAUCUGUUAACUGGAAGCACAAAGAUGCAGCUAUUUACCUUGUUACAUCUUUGGCAUCCAAAGCGCAAACACAGAAGCAUGGAAUAACACAAGCCAAUGAACUUGUUAAUCUGACAGAAUUCUUUGUGAAUCACAUUCAACCUGACUUGAAGUCUGCUAGUGUGAAUGAAUUCCCUGUGCUAAAGGCAGAUGGUAUCAAAUAUAUCAUGAUUUUUAGAAACCAAGUACCUAAAGAACAGCUGUUGGUAUCUAUUCCUCUCUUAAUCAGUCAUCUUCAAGCAGAAAGUAUUGUAGUCCAUACUUAUGCAGCCCAUGCUCUUGAAAGACUGUUUACCAUGAGGGGGACAAAUAAUACCACCCUCAUUACAGCUGCGGAAAUGGCACCCUUUGUAGAAGUACUAUUGACAAACCUUUUUAAAGCACUGACACUUCCUGGCUCAUCUGAAAAUGAAUACAUUAUGAAAGCCAUCAUGAGGAGUUUUUCUCUGCUACAGGAAUCCAUAAUUCCAUACAUCCCUUCUGUCAUCACACAGCUUACACAGAAACUGCUGGCUGUCAGUAAGAAUCCAAGCAAACCUCACUUUAACCAUUACAUGUUUGAAUCGAUAUGCUUGUCAAUAAGGAUAACAUGCAAAGCGAACCCUGAUGCUGUUGGAAGCUUUGAAGAGGCUUUGUUUAUGGUGUUCACUGAGAUACUACAGAAUGAUGUGCAAGAGUUCAUUCCAUAUGUGUUUCAAGUGAUGUCCCUACUCCUAGAAAUGCAUAAAAAUGAAAUCCCAUCGUCCUAUAUGGCACUCUUUCUACUUCAGCCAGUAUUGUGGGAAAGGACAGGAAAUAUUCCUCCUUUGGUCCGACUCCUGCAGGCUUAUUUAGAGCGGGGUGCCAAUACGAUAGCAAGUGCUGCUGCUGACAAAAUUCCUGGAUUGUUAGGUGUGUUCCAGAAGUUGAUUGCCUCUAAAGCUAACGACCAUCAAGGAUUCUAUCUUCUAAACAGUAUUAUAGAGCAUAUGCCUCCUGAAUCAGUUGACCAGUACAGGAAACAGAUCUUCAUUCUACUAUUCCAAAGACUUCAAAAUUCCAAAACAACAAAAUUUAUUAAAAGUUUCCUAGUCUUCAUUAACUUGUACUGCAUAAAAUAUGGGGCAUUAGCUCUGCAGGAAAUAUUUGACAGCAUACAGCCAAAGAUGUUUGGAAUGGUUCUGGAGAAAAUUAUAAUUCCUGAAAUCCAGAAAGUGUCCGGACAAGUUGAAAAGAAAAUUUGUGCUGUUGGCAUUACAAAAAUAUUAACAGAAUGUCCUCCUAUGAUGGACACAGAGUACACCAAGCUGUGGACUCCUUUGCUGCAGGCCCUCAUUGGCCUCUUUGAACUGCCUGAGGAUGACACUAUCCCUGAUGAAGAACACUUCAUUGACAUAGAAGAUACUCCAGGAUAUCAGACUGCAUUCUCUCAGCUAGCCUUUGCUGGGAAAAAAGAACAUGAUCCUGUAGGUCAAAUGGUGAACAAUCCUAGAAUCCAUCUGGCACAGUCUCUUCACAAACUGUCUACAGCGUGCCCAGGCAGGGUUCCAUCAAUGCUGAGUACUAGUCUGAAUGCAGAAGCGUUGCAGUAUCUCCAAGGAUACCUCCAAGCUGCAAGCGUGACACUUCUCUGAGUUGCAUAUAUUCCACAAGCAAGAUCAAAAGGUGUUUUGUUACACAGAAGGUUGACACUGACUUUUUUUUAUAGCAGAGCUCAGACAAAAUGAAAAAUGCUACUUGAAAACGUAUUGCAGAAUCCAUCUCGUAAAAGAUAAAUGUGGCUUUAAGCAGAAACUGAAAGAAUUUGGUGGUUUGUGUACUCAUAGGUAAAAGAUGGCUAACUUCCAUUCCCAGUUUAAUUGCAAAGGGAAUAGUCAUAGCGGUUUAUUAUGAGAUUUAUUUGAAAUCUGCAUCUGCGGUGUUUGGAUAACAUUUUGAAAUGUAUGGAGAGCACUGGCUGUAGAAACUCACUUUGGUCACUAAAAUUUCUUUUCAUUUUGAUGUUGUCCUUUGUAUUUCUUUUGUCUUUCCUUAAACUUUAUCUAAAUUGUGAAUAAAUAAGAAGUACUUGUUUAAAA